UAGAAGACGUCUUAAUUCAGUCAGACGAACGAGCGGAAAGAAUCAGCUGUAGCCGCAGCCUGGCACAUCGAUAAUUCUGCUAAUAUUCAGCUGUGAGCAGUCAUGAGCUGUUACAGUACUAAUUGUGAAAGAAUAGAGAUUGCCAAGCUGGCAGAGCAGGCCGAGCGCUAUGAAGACAUGACUAAAUACAUGAAGGAAGUGGCGGAGAAUGGUAGGCCACUCACUAAUGAAGAACGCAAUCUCCUGUCGGUGGCCUACAAGAAUGUGGUGGGUGCCCGACGCUCCUCUUGGCGAGUUUUGUCCAGCAUCGAGCAGAAGUCUACUGACGAGAAAAAGAAAAAAAGGGUUGAAGAAUACCGUCAAAGUGUUGAGGGGGAACUGAACUCUAUCUGCGACGAAGUGCUGGCACUCUUGGAUGACCAUCUGAUUGUCAAUGCAGAUAACCCAGAGAGCAUAGUCUUCUAUUACAAAAUGAAAGGAGACUACUUACGCUACUUGGCUGAAGUGGGUAAAGACAAGGAAAAUGCAUCCAUUAAGAAAUCAGAAGAGGCAUACCAAAAGGCUUUUGAAGUGGCAAAGCAGGAGAUGCCGUGCACACACCCCAUCCGUCUUGGACUCGCCCUCAAUUACUCGGUUUUCUACUAUGAGAUUAAGGAGGACCCACCGCAGGCCUGCAACCUGGCCAAAGAAGCUUUUGAUGGCGCCAUUGCAGAACUUGACACACUGAGUGAAGAAUCGUACAAAGACAGCACACUUAUCAUGCAGCUACUGAGAGACAACCUGACAUUGUGGACCUCCGACAGCCAAGGCGAUGACGACGGUGAGCAACAGCAGCAGAAAGCAGAAUGAAACAUAGCCUCCACCCAUACUCGUCCUCAUCUGCCGUUGUCCCAGCUCGUGUUUGUCAAACAUCACAGAGACCACCUCAUCAUUAUCGUCCUCAUCAUCAAGCACUUGUUUUUUCAGAUCAUUCUCACACUGAUCUGUUUACUUUUGUCUGUAAGGGAAAGGCUGUGCAGUGGAAAAACACAGCUUCGGUUUGUCUAACAGGAGUGUGGAGUAGAAAAAGGUGCGCUAGGAUAGAGAUGUUUGUGGUUGGCCAUUUAUCGAACUUCAUGCAUGGGAGCAACAACUUGUUUUGCUUUUUAUGGUGGUGAGUUGUACCGGGUUUGGUUUUUAGUUAAAAAAAAAAAAAAAAACUUAUUCAGAAUGCUUUUUUUUCUCCACACAAUCAAUUGAUAAUGUCUGGUUUAAAAUCUGACAACAGCUAUUAAUAUUAGCCAUGAUGGAGGAAGAAAUCUGUGUUGUUGCAGAGGUUAACAUUCCAUAUGCUGUCUGUUCAUGUUUGUCUUUUCUGGUGGGGUACUUUUAUCUGUCUCUCAACUUUGAGGUAUAGAAAAUCUUGAACAAAAGAGCACAUAUGCUUGUUGCUGUUUUGUAAAAGCAGGGGGGAAAAGUGAAAAAGUGCUUAUGUAGGAAUUGCUUUUUCACCGUGAUAUUUUUUUUUUCAGCUUGUAAACACCCCCCCCCCUUUUUUUUUUUUUGUUACUUGCAUAAAUAAUCUUGUUAGCCAUAGUUAAUGGCAUGACAAGGAACAUUAUCAACCUGAUGAGCCUUGGCUAUAACUUUGGAAUUUUCAUACAGAAUAUCCAGGCAUAAUUGUUAUUUUUGGGGAAAUGUGUAAUUUCAUGUAUGUGAAAUAAAGAAUUUAAAAGUCCCAAAA